AUGUCCGUACCUUUAGUCUCUACAGCAGCAGAGCCAUGGGAUGGGUGGGAAAGAUAUCCAGCGAAUCUUCCAUCGUCCAUUUUCAGCCCGUUCGUAUACGACCUUGAUUUUAUUAGUGAAGGAUUGUCUCAAGAUUCAUCCCGUUUAUUCAUCGCUGGCGAGCGCAUUUAUAUUCGUGUGAUCGAAGUGGGAGUCCGAGAAUUCACCAUCAAGAGCACACAGGCGCUUGAAAACUAUCUCCUCGAGACUUGUAGUUUCGACGGAAUUCGUAUUUUGUAUGGCGAGUAUUCGAUAAUAUUCCACAGACCAAGCACGCUGAUUUUGUAUAUUAUUUCAAGUAUGAUUUUACAACAAACGUCCUGGGGUGCUCUCACCAUUACAGGCGAAGCUGCCCAGAAGCUAUUUUCGUCUCUUACUGUGUUUCCGGAAUUCCUUACAAUUCUAAAUGCAUUUGGCGAACGAACGUGCUUGCAAAGUGAUGGUCAUGGUAGUUUCCAGACUGUUUCACACACACAGCCAAAAAGCUUUGAAUGUGCUUAUCACCUUCGACGUGUGGAAGAACACGGGCGUGAAGAAGAGUCCAACAACCCUUGGUCGAUACGACAAAUGGGCGUUUAUCACAAACACGAUGCCAAGCUUGGAAGCCAUAAUUUCAUUCUAAUUAAUCCCCCGAAACACCUCAAGGAAAGACUUACAAGCCUGUUAACCAACUCUGAAGUUAAUCCCUCAUGGCAAGACAUCCAUCUGGUUUUGUUUUCUUCUGCGUCCAGGAAUUGGCCAAGUUACGUCAGUUGGAUUGACGAACAGUUUCAAGAGGCGAAACUGAAUGCGCAUAGCGCUACAAAUAAUUAUGCACCGGAUACCAAAUCACUGCGAAAUCCAGACAUAAGCAUAUCUGAUGCUCAGAAUAUCGAACUUAUACGUAACAAUAUUUGCGACACAAAACGAUAUCUAUCUUCCAAUUACACAGUCAUUAGUGCAAUCAACGAUAUUAUAUCACAGACGUACACGCCAACUACAAUUCGAGGAAAUCAGCACAUAAUUACCCACUUAAACCUCGCCAAGGAACAGGUUCAGAGACUUUCGGCCAUACUAGAAAUGCUCGAAUCCACAUCAACCCUCAUACACAAUAUAUCCGAGGUCCGUAGCCUCGAAGCACUCGAGCAAAAUGCGUAUAUAGCCAACGAAGUGUCUCAGCGAACCGAGGCAGGCAAUCAGCUCACACUUAGGCUCAUGAGAAAAUCAUACAAGGACGCACAUACCCUUAAGAUGAUUACAAUCGUGACCCUGCUAUACCUUCCGGCAUCGUUCAUUGCGCAGUUCCUGAGCGCAGGAUAUGUGACUUUGAGGAAAGAGCCAACGAGUGGAAAAUUAUCCCUACAUGUGAGCGAAGACAUUGUUAUAUUCGUUGUCUUGAGCGUUAUAUUUCUGGGCGUGACGUUAGGCGCGUGGCGUGUGUUGGAACGCAAGCAUAUGAUGGAUGUCAUUGGCCGGACAUUCUACUUGGAGAACCCAUAA